AUAACACUGUGUUAUCGAACAGGUGUUUACUUGUUCCUUCCAUCUCUACGCUCUCUCAAUAUAACAAAAAAAAAAAGCUAUGUAUGAUGGAAGGAAUUGUUUGUGGAAUUGCAAAUAUUAAUUUUAAACAAAACACUGGAAAUUAUUCUGACGAAAAUUGUAUACCCAAUUUUAUGCAAAAUAACGAAGAGACAACGAAAAUGGCGCUGAUUUGCGCUGCUGAGCAAGCGUCGUCUACUUCCUUUAAUCCUCACCAACAGCCAGACGAAGAUGAGUGCAGUAACGAUGAAGAGGAGGACAAUGACGUCCCAGAUGUCGGUCGAAAUAGAAAAAAUGCCCGUUUACGACGGAACAGUAUUGGAGCAACAUUUGCCGAACGGCGCCAGAUGCCUUCGCGGAGCUCCAAAGAAAAUCACAGCAGUAUUAAAAGACGUACCAUUAUGAAACCUGCCCGACACACUAGUUCGUUGAACAAAGACUUUGGAAAUCUGAAACCUGCCGAAAUUAAGAAAAUCUAUUUAAACAAAAAGAUAACCAACUUCAGACCAGCUAGUUUGGAGACAAUAUUUGAGGAACCAGAUCCAAGUUGCGGUGGUGAUGGUGACAACAACACCGAUGGUACUGGAGAAUAUGAACAGGUGCGUUUUAUUGGAGCACGCAAGCUGAGACGUGUCUUGGCCUGCAGCGAUGGCUUUGUUUUCAACAAGGCAUUGAUCAAAAAGCGAAGAGCCAAAAUAAAGAAAGCCUUCGGCCGUCGUCUAUCCUUGAAGAAAAUCUCAUUGGAAGACUUCCUGGUCAAGCUUAACAAUAGCAUGGAAGAUGACGAAGAGGGGGAUAAUAGUGAAAGUAGUUGUAAAACACCACAGGAAAUGGAAGGUGCUGCUCCUGCUGCCAUGCAAUUUUGUAUUCCUGAAAAUAAUCUAGAGACUGACGCCAUGGACGCAAUGCCCAUAGUAACAACAACAACAACAACAACACCAACACAACCAACAACAUCAAGUGCCUCGGCAAAUGAUGUGAAUGCAUUUAGUUUUAUGCCACAACAAAUGGCUUCAUCAAGUUUUUUACCAAACACCGGCAUUUUACCCUAGAACUAGUUAUUGAAUAGAUGAUUAUACCUAUUUUUCAUUGUUUCAAA